AUGGAGGGUCCCGACUCAUCUCCUGGGCGAGCCACCGCUUCAUGCGAGCGGUGCAAGCAGCGGAAAAGUCGAUGCGAUCGAAAGCAGCCUGCCUGCCAAAGGUGUAGAAAAUUAAGCGUUAGUUGCGAGUAUCCGAGUCGCAAGAAACCAGGCUUUCCCGCCGGACACCGACUGCAGCUCGAAGAGAAGAUCAAGAAGCUCGAGGAGGAACUCCGUACCCUCCGGAAUGACGGCUGCGGGGUCAGAAGUGAAAUUCAGUCAUCCUUCCCCAGUUUUCCAACCCAUGGCCCCGAUACCGCGGAUACUGAUUCCUGGACUACCUCCGCGCCAAUUUAUGCCGACCAUCGGUCUGAAGCGUUGCCAGAUGGUGAAACCCCUGACGCGACGUCCGAGAGAACGAGACAAAUCCAAGAGAAGCAACCUCCUACCGACUUGGUUGUGUCCCUGAGCUCCCUUUUUUUCCGCCAUAUCCACCCUUGGUUUCCAUUUCUGGAUAUCCGCCGCCUUUGCCUAGAGAUGGGAAAUAUCGAUGAACCCUCACUGCUACACUAUGCACUUUUCGGCGUCUCCCUGCCCUAUUCCUUUGAUUCGCGCCUGGAUCGAAAGUCGAGCGACUCAUUUUGGAAGUACUGUAAGAGGCGAAUAGCCUUAGAGGUCCUGGAAGAACCAUCCUAUAGUUCCCUGGAAGCGUUGACAAUCUUGGUCCUAGAUUUAUCAGGGAUGACUAAUGGUCCCCAGGUCUGGGGAGCAUUGGCCAUCGCCACCAAACUCGUGCAGCAACUGCAGAACGUCGGAGGCCGGGUUUGGAGAACAUCGGCCACUGACAGUAGCGGAGAGCUGAUUGCCAAAGUGGAUAGUAUUUACCAACAGAGGCUGUUUUGGGCGAUCUAUAGCUUGGAUUGUUACAUCACUAUCACGACUGGGCGCUCAUCGGACUUAACGGAUGAUCGUAUCAAGCACUUCGUUGCCGCAAAACCACUAGUGUGGCAGAAGCACUCUACGUCCAUGGAGACACUAGAUAAGAUCGUUUUAUCACCGGUAUAUGUGUCUUGUUAUCAAUUAGAGCUGCUUGAUCUAUCGAGGAGGCUGCACAACGUGCACAUCAUGUAUGCUGCACUAGGAGACGAUGAGGAGUCACUGUUCCCCUGGCUUGAACAAUUUCGGAAAUGUUCUACGGAGCUUGCCGAGUGGGCUUGUACCCUCCCGUCUUGUCUUCAUCUUCAAAAUUUAAAGGACCCGAGGAGGCAGGUGGUCAUGGGUGCUGUAGCGUCCAUUACUAUGCUCCAUGCAUACUACCAUGCUCUCGUAAUUCACGCACAUGGUUUGCUAGCUUUCCCGGCGUACGAGGUGUUUCAAUCAGCGCCCUUUGAAGAUACUCGCGAAGAGAGUCAAAGCAGGUGCCUUCAUAGCAUUAGUAUUAUAAUCGAGAUCGUGUCAGGAUCAGCCGUUAAGCUUGGUGAUAAGCUUGGCUGGCCUUUUACCUGGUCCAUCUGGGUGGCCGCUCGAUACCUGCUCAUCCAAGAGUCACGUGGAGGAAACCUGCAGCGAGAGAAACUCACCAUUAUACUGGACUUUUUACGUCAAGCGGGGAGUUAUUGGCAGAUUAGCAGUAAGUAUUACAGACUGCUUCGACUCGGUACUAGCGAACUUCAAACAGGGAUGAUGCCCGGUCAGCGAAGGGGACAAAGUAUCCUCCAGUUUCUGACAGAUGUUCGUAUUUCGACAUCUGAUCUGGAGGAUCAAUUUCGGGUCGAUCCAAUACUUCAAAAUGGAACACUCACUCAAAAACAUGCUGUGUCGAUUGGAGAAGACGAACAGGAAUACAGCCAAGUAUCAAGAUUCCAAGACCUUCAAGGAGAUUCUUCUAAUGGUAACUAUCUUAAUCUAUUAUACCAGGCAUCUGACAACUGGUUUCAUGUUCCACUAUAUGCAUCCUCGGCAUACCAGCAGCAUUUGUCUUACUAA